CAGCCCUUCACUGAUGCUCAGCUUCGUGCCGUCAUGUGUGCACGAUACACGACGGACGCCUCGUAUCAUGGCGGCGGCAGUGGCGGCUGUCGGAACGGAGGAUCUGGGUCGUUGCUGUACGGUGGCGGCGCGACGGCGUCGGACCACGAUCAUCGGGCAGGUGCAGGAUGCAGCGUUGCCGACAUCUCACGUCACGGAGCCGGCUUCACCGGCAUGGGUGCCUCGGGAUCCCUAGUCAUGCUGCCGUGGGAAGCACCCGACCCCAGCAAUCACAGGUCAAGCCAGAUCAAGCCCUUCGGCUCCACCUUACUAGCGGCCGGCAGCACCGACGGCGGCGUCAUAAGCGCUGGCGGCGGCCGCGGUGGCAGUGGUGGCGGAGCCGACGUCAGUAUCACUGCCGCCGCCAUGGCGACGCACGCCGGCUCCGUCGGCUCGUCCUGCCGUCGCGCGACUUUGGGACAACUGUCGCAAGCCCCUCGGAGCUCCUCCUGGUUCUUCGACACCGCCACCGCCCCCAACGCUGCUGCGGGAUGGUCGCCUGCCGGCGGCGGCGGCGGCGGCGGCGCGUCUCCCAUUACAGCCCUCAGCACCGACCUCGGUAGUCACCUCCUUGGUGCGGGCAACACGAGCUGCAACAUGAGCUGUGCCUAUCCGUCGCAUCAGCUGCAUAGCAACGCCUUGACGGCGGCAGUUGGCGCGCCGCCGCAGCCCGGGUCGGUUGGGUCGGCUGCGGCUGCAACGGCAACGGUAACGGCGACGGGUACGGAUGGCGGCGCCGCGAGUCCAGCGGUGUGGGACCCCUCGCCGUCGGAGGGGCUGCCUAUGGCUCUGGGAUGCACCGCUGAGUGGGAGGGCGGCUCAUGGCUGGAGGUGGUGGUGUCCGGGGUACCGCACCCCUCCUCGCCUGGGGAGGUGCUGCUGCUGGUCGUGCAGCACGACGUGUCGGCGCGCGUGUGGGCGGAGCGGCAGCUGGCGCGUGUGGUGGAGGCGGAGCACACGCUGCUGGAGUCUAUCUUCCCCCAGCACGUGCUGGAACAUAUCGCCACUAUGGCUGCCGCCACCACCGUAAACACCACUCCGCAUGCUGGAGAGAUGGACAGCGGCGAUUGUCGUACUGCACCCCCGUACCUAGACCCCUCUUCGGGCGCUGCUGCUGCGGGGCCUGGGUCGCCACUUGCCGUCGGAGGCAUGCCGCCGCCGCAAUCGCCCAUCAGGCCGACACUGCCUAUCAUCACGGGCGACACCUUCCUGCACCUGUCCACCUCCCACAGCGCGCUCACUGUGCUGUUCUGCGACAUCCAGGGCUUCACCGCCAUGUGCAACGUGGUGAAGCCCGCGACCGUGAUGGCCUUCCUCAACGACCUCUACACGCGCCUGGACGCCAUGCUGGACGCGUUCGGGGUGUACAAGGUGGAGACCAUCGGCGACUGCUACAUGGUGGCGGGCGGGCUGAUGAAGGUGGACGAGGAGACGGGCGCGGUGACGGUACGCUCGGACGACGUGGACCCCCAGCACGCGUAUCGCACAGUGCAGUUUUCCAAGGCGCUGUUGCGCGCAGCCAGCGCCGUGCGGCUGCC